GAGUACCAUAGAAGAAGUCUAUGCCAGGUCAAUGACCAAACUUGCCAAAGCAGCUGGCAACUUUUCUCAGCUCGGGACGUUUGCUCCAGUGUGGGAUGUGUUCAAGAGCUCCACGGAGAAGCUAGCUGGGUGUCACUUAGAGCUCGUGAGGAAACUGCAGGAACUUAUAAAAGAAGUACAGAAGUAUGUGGAAGAGCAGGCCAAAGCACACAAAAAAACAAAGGAAGAAGUGGCUCCAACUCUGGAAGCUGUGCAGAACAUUCAGAGCAUCUCUCAGGCUCUUCAGAAGUCCAAGGAGAUCUACAACGCCAAAACUGUGGAGCAGGAGCGUCUCCGCAAAGAGGGGGCCACCCAGAGAGAUGUGGACAAGGCUGGAGUGAAAGCCAAAAAAGCCACAGAGACCUACAAAUCAUAUGUGGAGAAAUAUGCCACAGCCAAGUCUGAGUUUGAACAGAAGAUGGCAGAAACUGCACAGAAAUUCCAAGACAUUGAAGAAAACCACAUUCUCCAAAUGAAGGAGAUCAUUCAGUCCUACUCGCUGUCUGUGGAAGAAACACACGUUCAGAUCGGAGAGGUCCACAGUGAAUUUGUGAAGAACAUCGAGAACACGUCAGUGGAAAGUUUGAUCCAGAAACUGUCUGAGAGUAAAGGAACGGGUCGGGAGAGGCCAGGACCUAUAGAGUUUGAGGAGUGUAACACAGCGGUUGCAACAGAAGGUGCCAAACCACGGAAAAGAAAACCUUUUGGCAUUCCAGGUCGAAGGAAAGACAAGGACACCGACUCCACGGAGUCCACAGAAGUUGAAGCUGCUAACACUGCCAAUGGUGCUCCCCCAGGAUAUUUUGGCUCUAUAGACAUCCAGAACGCUAAUGUACCUGAAGUUGAUGCAGAGGGCUUCUGUAUCAGACCUGAAGUUAAUGAGAAUGAUGCCAAAGACAAUUCCUUCUAUUCGUCCAGCGAUUCAGAGGACGAAGACGAGCCCAGGAAGUUCCACGUGCAGAUCAAACCCGUUCAGCCCAAUAACGGUACUCAUCAGAAUCGAGCCAACAUCGACGAGCUCAAAGCCUCCAUCGGAAACAUCAUCCUCUCACCUUCAGCCUCGGGACAGAUGCGAAGGAACCAGUCCAGUGAUGAGCUGUCCAAGCCCAGAGUGCCUACACCUUUUGUUCUGUCACAUUCUGUCAGACUGACCAACAAUGAUCUCCUGUCUCUGGAUCCACUGGGCCCGGCUCUGCCAGUUGGACCUGCCUCCUCCGUGUCGUCAUCAGCAGUGCCUGUUCCAAAUCGGCCUACGACCCCUCUGACAGCUGGAGCCCUCGCUCCUCCACCACGACCCUCUUCCAGGCCCAAGAUCCCUGCUGGAAAACUCACAGGGAUCAAUGAAAUGGGACGACUGUUCAGCUCAUCCAUAUCCUCAAAUGCCAGCCCUCCUCCAACUGCUCCUCUUGCCCGGGCUGAGAGUUCUUCCUCUCUGUCUUCCAACGCCUCACUUAGUGCCGGCAACACUCCUACAGUUGGAACGUCUCGCGGUCCCAGCCCUGUGACUCUGGCAUCCCAAGAUGCUUUGCCCAUUGCUGUGGCCUUCACAGAAUCGGUUAAUGCUUACUUCAAAGGAGCUGAUCCCGCUAAGUGCAUUGUGAAGAUCACAGGAGACGUGACGUUAUCAUUCCCCAUGGGCAUCAUCAAGGUUUUCACCUCCAACCCGUCCCCAGCCGUCCUCACCUUCAAACUGAAGAACACCAGCAGGCUGGAGCAGAUCCUCCCCAACCAACAGCUUUUAUACAGUGAUUCUUCCCAAAGUGACUCAGAUUCCAAGGACUUCUGGUUCAACAUGCAAGCACUGACAUCCUACCUCAGAAAAGCGUCAGAACAGAACCCUUUAGCUUCCUAUUAUAACGUGGACAUCUUAAAGUACCAGGUGCAGUCUGACGGGGUCCAUUCAACUCCUCUCAGCCUGGCUGUGUUCUGGAACUGUACCCCGAGCACAACAGACCUGCGGGUAGACUACAGGUACAACCCUGGAUCCAUGGCCUCGCCCAGUCCCCUCACCAACGUGCAGGUCUUAGUGCCUGUCGAUGGGGGAGUCACCAACAUGCAGUCUCUGCCCAGCUGUAUAUGGAACUUGGAGCAGAAUAAAUGUCUCUGGAAGCUAACCGACAUCUCCGAAAAAUCUGAAAAUGAAGGCGCCGGUUCUCUCAGGGCCAAGUUUGACCUCUCUAACGGCCCUUCAAGCCCGUCCACGUUGGCGAUGCAGUUCAUGAACGACAGCAGCACACUGUCAGGAGUGGACAUGGAGCUGCAGGGGACCAGAUACAGACUUUCCCUCAACAAGAAAAGAUUUGCCACAGGACGUUACAUGGCAGAUUGCUGAGGUGACAGCCACCCCCUCGUACCUUCAUCGGGUUCCCAAGAAACAAACCUCAAACGUUUUCGAAGCGUCUUGAGUCACAGGAGCUCCACAGUCUCACACAGAAGCCAGACUGUCACGUCAGUAACAGCACUGAGUACUGAACACUGUUU